GAAAUAAAGUACCUUUCUAGUGAAAGAUAAUGAAUAGCUUUAAUACAAAGUAAUUAUACAUAUAUCAAGAAAUGGACAUGCAUAUUCAUAUAUAUCCAUACUAGUACAGUAUUUCAACCAAUCAGAAAUUACGAAUAGUUAUAUGGUUUAAAGAAAAUCUAGCUUGACGUUUCAUUCGGAAAAUGAAAAUGCGUCGUAAUAGUCAACUUUAAGAUUGCAUUACAUAUGUCAAACCCGUAUGUUUAGUUAUUACGUCUAGAAUCUGCGAUGUGUCAAAUUCGUAGAAAUUUAUUUAAUAUGUUUUCUCAAAUUUGUUUAGUAAUUUUCUAAUCUUAAUGGUUCGCAUAACAAUGGAAACAACUGUCUUCUCAAAUAUAAGCCUACCUCCGGCAUUUUAUAAACCUCCAUCGCCAGAUUUAUGUAUACCAAUUCACAGACCCAAUACAACAAUUAUAACAGAUGCGUAUGCUGGAAUACCUGAAAAUUUAGUUUUAAAUAUUAUAGGAUUUUUGUUAUUAGUUCUUUUAUUUGGUUUAUUACGUAAAAAAGCUUGGAAUUAUGGACGUCUCGCAUUACUACAUAAAUCGGAUAAUAGAUGGAUGGAAUUAUUUUAUGGCGACAAUGAUACGAGAGAUGUAGACGCAAUAUAUUUAGAAACAUCUGUUAAUUCUCAGCUAUCUCAAGCUGAUAGAGGUUUUCUUUCAUGGAUUGUUACAGCAUUUAAAAUAAAAGAUGAAGAACUACUGAAAAGAGCUGGUCCUGAUGGCUUGCUAUAUAUAUUAUUUGAACGUUAUUUGAUUGUUUUAACUAUUGCAAUGGUUAUUGUAUCAUUAUGUAUAGCAUUGCCUAUUAAUUUUUAUGGUAGUACGCAUGAUGAUGAUUUAACAUUUAGUCGUACAACAGUAGCCAAUCUAGACCCAAUGUCUUCUUGGAUAUGGGUACACUCAAUGUUAAUUAUAUCUUAUUUACCAAUUGGUACUUAUGUGAUGAGACGUUUUUUAAAACAGGUACGUGAAACUAGGUCUAGCGGAGAAUUAGCAGCUAGAACACUAAUAAUCACAGAAAUACCCAAACACCAAUGUGAUGUAGAAACACUUACAGAAUAUUUUAAAGAAGCAUUUUCAACACUUACUAUAGAAGAUGUGACACUAGCUCACGAUAUUAGACGUCUUUCAGUGUUAGAUGCAGAAAGAGAUUGUGCAGAGCAAGCACGUUUGUAUUGUGAGAAUUAUGCUAAAAAAAGGGAUCCUUUAAAAAUAUAUCCCCAUCGCUGUGGUCAAAUUUUGGGAUGUUGUUGCAAAUCCAAAGUUGAUGCUCAAGAAUUUUAUGCAAGUGAAGAAAUUCGAUUAACUGCAUUAGUAGAAGAAGAAAGACAAUUGGCCUUAAAUAAACCACUUGGAAUAGCCUUUGUUACUUUAGGAACUCCUGGUGCAGCUAGAACUAUGAGGAGACAAUUACGAUCCUCGCCUUCGAUAAAGUGGAUCGUUAAUUAUGCUCCAGCACCUUCAGAUAUUUUUUGGGAAAAUUUAAGUAUACCAAGAAAAUGUUGGUAUUUAAAUGCAGCAAUGAUAAAUGUUGCUUUGUUUAUAACAUUGUUUUUCCUUACCACACCAGCUGUUAUUAUACCAAUUUUAAAUAGAUUAUCUAUACCUGGAGAAAUAAAAAAUUUGAGUCCUAUUAUUUCUUCUUUUUUGCCAACUUUAUUAUUGGUAAGCGUGGCUGCUUUAAUGCCUGUAGUUGUUGAAAAAAGUGAAUCUUUAGUAAGACACUGGACAAGAAGCAGUUUGAAUCGUACGGUCAUGAGAAAAACUUUAUUGUUUUUGUUACUUAUGGUUCUUAUAUUACCUAGUUUAGGAUUAACCAGUGCUGAAGCAUUUUUUGUUUGGACUAUGAAAGGGAAAAAUGAUACAGGAAGAUGGGAAUGUGUAUUUCUUCCUGAUCAGGGUGCUUUAUUUGUAAAUUAUGUAAUUACUGCUGCUUUACUUGGAAGUGCAUUGGAAUUAGUCAGAUUUCCCGAACUCGCCCUAUACACUUAUCGUCUUUGUAUUGCGCGCAGUAAAGCAGAGAGAGUGCAUGUCAGGAAAGCAGUAUUAUGGGAGUUCCCAUUAGGAGCACAUUAUGCAUGGUUACUAUUGGUAUUUACUAUGACAACAGUUUAUAGCCUUGCCUGUCCUUUAAUUACUCCAUUUGGACUGUUAUAUUUUUUAGUAAAACAUUUGGUGGACAGGCAUAAUUUAUGCUUUGCUUAUGGACCAAGUGUAGGUGGUGGUCAAUUAGCAGGUACAGCAGCUAGCGCAGCAGGAACUGCUCCGAUUCUUGCACAAGUAGCAUUUUUAGCUCUCGGAUUAGUAAGAAGAGGUUUAUCUCCUCUGGCAGCUGUACAACUUAGUGGUCUUGCUGCUAGUAUUUUAGGUCUUGUAACUGGAGUUACAUUACCUGCAUCUAAACCCAAAACACAACCGUCGAGAAGAGAUCUUCCUGGCGGAAUAACAGGACAAAGUUUUAUUGCACCCGUAUUACGAAAGAAACAAAUUUCUCCAGAAGAAACUAUACCUGUAAAUUCAAACUCUGAAAUGAAUACACCAAGUCCAAGUAUAUCUUCUUCUAUCGUCUUAGAAGAUACCCCUAAGCUUUAUCAAAAUUAUUCAAAAGAACCUAAGGUGUAAGGUGUAAUUUUUGUUUUUAUAAGGAGUUUUUAUAAACACAAGCUUAUAACUACGUGUAUAUAAAUUAGCACACAAAAUAAGCAUCUUAAAAAUUUGAGUUAAAAAAAGAAAAAAAAAAAAAAAAUAGAAAAAAGAAAAAAAGAAGAAAGAAAUAAUAUAUCACAGAUUCUGAUAUUAAGUUAUUGUAAAAUAAUAUAUUAAUAUAUGUAAUUAUUAUUUAAAAGAAAAAUUUGAAUGUGAUAAAAACAUAAUAAAUUGCCUAUAAUAUCCUUAAUUAAAAUAUUUCACAGUUAAUAUAUUAUUUCAAUACGACAUGAACGAGAAACUUAUUCUGAUAUUAUAUAGUAUAUUUACAUACUUGCACGUGUGUUGCAAUAUCUUUACAUCGAUAUAUAUAUAUAUAUAUAUAUAUAUAUAUAUAUAUAUAUUAUACACACAUAUAUAUAUAUGUAUAUAUGUAUACGUGGCAGUCACUGUAUUUUGUAUAUGCAAUAGUGAAAGUAAUGACACGUUUUUAAAUCUAUAAUGAGCAUACCACUAUAGCCUUAUCUCUAGGCGCAUAAUACGACAAAACUUAAUAUGAUGCCUUUAAUUUCUACUAAGAUACUAGCAUUUAUACUGUUUUACAUAAUGCAAUAUACAAAAACGAGUACAUUUUUUUUUUUUAUAUAUAAAUUUUAAUUUACCUUAAUUUCUUAUGUAAUUAAACAAUGAAAGUUAUAUUUAAGACAUUUAAAAUUUACUACUAUAUUGUAUACAUACGUUGUAUUUUUCUUAUAAUUACAGUUUUAAAUUAUAUGUUCUGAUAAGAAUGGAAGAACACUUAGUUUUGUAAUAUACAAAUACUACUUAAUAAAAUUAUCAGUAUUAAUAAGUUUACAUUAAUAAUGUGUAAAUGAAUAUAGAAGGCAGUGUAUAUGCAUAAAUUCAUGUCUUAGAAAAGUGUCAUGUACUAAUUAUAAAUAUAAUCGCUAAUACAGA